AUGCCUCCUCCAUACGAUAAUUCGCGGUCUUACUUCAAAGUAGAUGCCUUUGCGUACAUCAACACUAACCGAAACUGGACGGUGGAGGAGCGAAAACAUACAGUUUCUACAAUCUGGGCUGGAAAUGUGAAUGUUCAGAAUCACUACAAUACAUUAACGUGGGUUGGAGGAGUAAGGGCGGCAGCUACGCCGGGCCUACCCAGCCCAAAUCCUAUCCCAGUGAUACCAUAUACAACCGAGGCACUUGCAUAUGCGAAAGCUACAGGAAAAAUGCCUUCACCAACGACGUCAUUAUCACCUUCUGGGCCUGCACCUGUGACCCAGCACGCUAGUUCACAACUGGACGACUUUUGGCCAAAGCGGCCAUGGUCUCCUGAACCGAAGCUACCGCAUUAUGACAUAGACAUGAUCAAGGCAAAUGGUGCUUCAAGAGAGGCUUGGCUCAGCACUGAACCACAUAUGCCCCUGCCAAGUGACGGAUCUCAGUGGCAUGGCGUCCAGGUGCUGGGAAUUGGGGGUUACGGCGCUGCAGGACUUUGGGUCCAGACCGAUACCACGGGUUGCAUUCGAGACAAAAUGGUGAUCAAGGAAGCCAAGCCUUUCACAGCUAGCCAAUGGCGCGACCCAAAAAACUGGCGUGACAGAUUACCACGCGAGAUUAGGAUACACGAGUUAGUGGAGGAACGGCGAAGCAUAGAGCCUGAUUCGUGUUGCCACCUUAUCCGUUCCCGUGGUCAUCGGCUCUGGAUGCAGUCGAGACGGUAUAGGUUAUACCUGGAUUUUUAUCCUGGAGGUGAUCUGAGGAGGGCAAUGAAGAACUAUGCUCAGAACUGGACUAGAAACGAAGAUGAUUUUGAUUUCAAUCAGGAGGAAUAUCUUUCAGAGGGGUUCAUUUGGUACACGAUAAGAGCACUAGCGACGGCUUGCCUCUUGCUACAUAGGGGGACACUGUCAGAUGACGCAUUGCACGGAUGGAAGCCAAUCACGCAUCUUGAUUUACAGCUACCUAAUGUUCUUCUUGAUAUUUCCAAUCCAAAGGAGAGAGCAGAUACGAGCAGUGAGCCCCCAUACGUGCCCAUUCUUGCUGAUUUUGGCAUAUCCUUUCUCAGCAGUCCUGAGGGUCAUGGCUGCACUCCUUCUGACCUCCCAGAAGACUUCAUUCCCACCUUCGACACUCGGUAUCCUCAUGAAAUGAACCAACCCCCCUCAGAUGACAUCAAACUUGGAGAAAAGACGGACGUUUGGGGCAUUGGAAACAUUGCGUACAAACUAAUCAUGAACGGCCUAGUUGAUCAGGGUCCAGUUCGCUGCGAUGCCCACACUCAAGACGAGGAAUUUGAGGAAUUUGACGGAAAGAUCCCGUUAGCUGCACAACAUUGGCGCAACCUUUUCCAGAAUGAUGACACAAACGUCCUCAGUUAUGAUUGUCCAGAAUGUAGGCCUACUGGAUCGUAUACUGAUGAUCUCAAGCAGCUCGUGAGGAGGUGUUUGAACUACGAACAAAGCAAGAGGCCAGCGCUCAUGGAAAUCAUUGCCGAGGCUGAUCGGCACUUUGGUGAAUUUCCCGGAGACAUGGAUGAGGUCAUGGACAAGGGUCGGUAUGACUUGAGGCAGCCCAAUUUCGAGGGGUUUCUGAUUGGAGAGGCUAUGGACAUAGAUACAUAG